CGUCGUGACGAGAAGCGUGACGUGUCUGCGCAGAAGUGACACUUUGUUUCCGCGUAGUUCCCCGUCCAUUGUUAAUGAAUGCCACACACAAAAAAAACAAAGAAACUGCCGAGUUUUAAACUUUAAGCUGUGGACCGAACCGGACCGGACCGAACCGUCUCCGGGUCAACAUGUCAGCGGCGGUCUGGGUCUCCAUGCUGACGUUCUCAGCCCUGAGCGCAGUGGCAUCAGGAGUCCUCAGCGGUCCCACCGAGGUCCGGCUGAGUUCCAGGAACCUGAACCUGAUGUUGACCUGGGAACCGGCCGCAGCAGCGCCCAGCGGGCUGAUCUACAGCACCGAGUUCACGAGUAUGGUUGCACCCUUCAGAGAAGGCUGCGUGAACAUCAGCGCCCUCCAGUGCGACCUCAUCCCCUUCAACAUCAGCCCAUACGGGCGCUACAGAGGCAGAGUCCGGGCGGUGCUGGGCGCAGAGGCCUCCGCCUGGGUGGAGAGCAACAACAUCACUCUGGACAAAGACACCCUGAUUGGUCCUCCCAGCGUGGCGCUCCUCUCCCUCGGCCCGACUCUGGAGGUCAGCAUUAAGGACCCGGUGUUCCAGAUUUCCCCGCUGAGGAACGUUUACAGCAACGCCGCCUACAACAUCACCUACUGGAAGAAAGGCGAGAAGCACCAGGCGAAAAACAAGGACAACAUCCAGCAGGACCGAGUGGUGCUUGAAGAGCUGGAACCCCUGAGCGAGUACUGCGUACAGGUCCACAUCAACACAAUGACAAAUAAGAACCCCGGCGAGCCCAGCAGCCCCAUCUGCGAGAAGACCGGCAAACACGAUGAGCUUCCGUGGGUGGCAGCAGUGAUCGUGGUCGUCAUCGUGGCGGCGGCCGUGGCUCUGACGGUGCUGGUCGUCCUGAAGUGGAAAAACAUCUCCCAGGUGUUCUGGCCAAAGGUGUCCCUGCCAAAGCUCUUUGGAGAGUCUCUGAAGGAGACGCCCGAGACCUCCGUCUGUUUGGCCCUGCAGCCCACUGAGGAGGUCGACCCGGUGAGCGUUGUCACGCCAGAGGAAGACGCCGCAGCAAUCAGAUGAGUGGCUGCGUGGAGGAGAGGAGGCCCACCAGAGAGACUGAAAGGAGAGAAUCCACGGACGAGGAGGACUGCGUCCUGCACAGACGACCACAAAGACACGCCCAGAUGAAGGAUUUCCAUUUAAUCAGCAGCUCCUCAACCCUGAGAAGUGAUGAAAGGCAAUCCUCAUCCUGACUGUGUGAAAACAGCUUAUGGUGGCAUAAAAUGUCACGUGGGGUACGAUCCGGCGUGUUUUUAUCGACACCAGCGUGAUCCAGUGUGUAUUUAUUAACAUGGAAAACUGAAGAAGUUACGACAUUCAAACUGAAGAAUCCAUAUUUAAUUUUUUGCACUUUCUCCAGUCAAGAAAUAUUUAAAAAUCAAAGCUACUGCCGAAACAUCUGUUCACUAUUUUGUUGAUUCCUUUGUGUGAGUAAAGUUGACUGUACUUUCAUUUUGUCUGAUAAAAUAUGGAGUCGUCAGAAAUCUAAAGAUGUUCAAACACACGUUUUUUUGAAUAAAUCUGUAAUUUGUUUUCUAGAGCUUCUGAUGAAACUGGAUCUCACAGCAUGUUUCAGACUUUGUGUUGAAAUAAUAAAGAUCCAGUCGUUGAUUUAGA